GUCAGAUCUUCAACGUUAUAUCCACUAUUAAAAAAAGAAGCUGGGCAGAACCUACUGGAGAUGUAUCUAUAUACAGCUACCCUUUGGUCUCGCAUCCAGGGUUUAACCAAGCCCAUUUUAGCUAUCAUAUUGUCACUUUCAAAUGUGCUAUCGUGAGAAUGAUUGUUGCGAGAUCCCCACUUAAAAACAAAGUAGAUUCACUGUUGCUAUCAAAGUCAUUCUAAAGGGUAGGUGCAAAUGAAAUGUGACCAUACUUUAUUACUCAUAUCAUCACGUUGCCCAACAAAUAUUAUCCACAUUGAAAUGGUGUGGUGUACCCUCUUUUUCAUAAGUCAGUCUGAGUUAGAUAUCCUUAUAAUACUAAUUAAGCUUGGACUCAUCCUUUUCUAAAUUCACUCAAAGCAUCAUGGAAAAUAGCCAGCCUAUAUGCCUCCCUUUUGUUGUCAGAUUGGCUAGCAGCUAAGAUAGUGUAUUGGUGCGAGAUGUGGAAACCAGUUUGUAAAACAUUACCAAGACGAGUGAAAGGCUAGCCCAUUGGUUCACAUUCGUAUGGAAAGGUUUUGAGGAUAAUAGUGUGAGACAGAGCUUGAGAGAACAGACAGCAAACAUAAUUAGCCUACCUUUCAGAUCUGCUUCUAAUAAACUCUUCUUCAGGGCCUUAGACUUUACCAGCUUUCUGCAGCUCAAUGGAAUCAGGGUUUGGAAGGACGUUUGACGUUUUCGCAUGUUGACUGUAUUAUGAGGACCUUUUUGAUCCUCAAACUAGACAUGGAUGUCUGACAGGGAAAUGGAGCAAUUGUCUGUGAUCCGGUAGUCCAACCCUUUAUAGAUCAGACAGCCUAGCAGCCAUACUGGCCCUUGCCUUCUCUGCUGCACCACCAGUGUCGUAACUGUCGUUUGAUCUAAAUUAGUGUGAACAGAUGUCCUGUCUCUCCUAUACUCUCUCUCUAGCCUCUAUUUCCCAGAUGAAGUUUCUGAGAGCUGCUGAUUGGCUUCGUUGGAUCAUAACUCUGACUAGAGUCCUCUCCCUUUCCUCCUGCUGCUCUGUCGGUCUCUGUUUGGUCUUUCUCUCUGACUGUCCUCUGUCUGUUGCUGUCAGUGACUCGUUGGUUGUUGAGGAAAGCGCGUCUUUAGCCGUGGACAAUGUCUGAGUGCAUGCAUCUCACCCUAUGCAUUUGCAGGAUUGCCGCCUAUACGUGUUUCAGGACACUGUGCUGUAAAGGACCACCCUCUCCCAGACCAGAGUAUGACCUGGUGUGUAUUGGACUCACAGGCUCGGGGAAGACCAGUCUACUGUCCAGACUCUGCAGUGAAGCCACAGGCAACAUCGGGCCAACUACGGGUUUUAGCAUCAAAGCUGUUCCAUUCCAGAAUGCCAUUCUAAACGUGAAGGAACUCGGAGGAGCAGACUCGAUAAAGAAGUACUGGUCGCGGUACUACCAGGGUUCCCAGGGAGUGGUGUUCAUCCUGGAUAGCGCCUCCACAGACGAGGACCUGGAGAUGGCCCGCACUGAGCUCCACUCUGCCCUGCAGCACCCCCAGCUCUGCACCCUGCCCUUCCUCAUACUGGCCAACCACCAGGACAAACCUGCCGCUCGCACUACACAGGAGAUAAAGAAGUAUUUUGAGCUGGAGCCUCUGGCCCGAGGGAAGAGCUGGAUUCUAGAAGGCAGCUCAGUGGACAACAUGGAUGCCGUGAAACAGAGCUUCACUCAGCUCAUUGAGCUGCUGGAGGACAAGGACCAAGACACAGGCAGGAUAUGAGCUGGGACCUAAACUACUGGGAACUACAAAUCCCACAGGACCUGCUGAGCCACAAGAACUACAAACCACACAGGUCCCACAGGACCUGCUGAGCCACAGGGAACUACAAAUCCCAUAUUGGUCGACAGUUAGACCCCACAGGAGCCACAUCCAAGCUACAACGCCCAUGGGAGGGCAUACCACACAGGCAGGCCAUACCACACAGGCAGGCCAUACCACACAGGCAGGCCAUACCACACAGGCAGGCCAUACCACACAGGCAGGCCAUACCACGCAGGCAGGCCAUACCACGCAGGCAGGCCAUACCACGCAGGCAGGCCAUACCACGCAGGCAGGCCAUACCACGCAGGCAGGCCAUACCACGCAGGCAGGCCAUACCACGCAGGCAGGCCAUACCACGCAGGCAGGCCAUACCACACAGGCAGGCCAUACCACACAGGCAGGCCAUACCACGCAGGCAGGCCAUACCACGCAGGCAGGCCAUACCACACAGGCAGGCCAUACCACACAGGCAGGCCAUACCACACAGGCAGGCCAUACCACAAUGGAGCAACCUGAUCACAGAGGAACCAUAGAACAUGGAGUCAUUCCCCUUGGCAGAGAAUCUAUGGGCCACCAGGGUUGUAAUGGUUAGAGAAGUAAAAGACUACCAGCUCUCAAACUGUAGAGACCUGGUGGACUGACUCCCUGAAAAGUAGUGCUGAGUAAUUAACUGAAAUGUCGGUUUAUUUUAGUUUUUUUUAAAUAACGAAUCGGUCAACGUCAGUUCAAUUAUUUGCAUACCUUUUUACUUUGUUUUUUCCUGUGCGCUCAACGUGCCAUUUCUCUAGAGAGAUUUCUCUCAGGGGUAUGUUGUUCAACUCAUCAUACAGUAGUUACGUACAGAAAACGUGUUAAUUAAUACAAUGACCAGAAUCCAUUGUGCCUACAGCUGCCUGUUCUCAUUGGUUCUUGCUGGUCAAGCCUGUGGGCAGAGAUGAGAUGAUGACUUGGAAUAAAAUAAUAUAUAUAAUAUAUAUUAUUUUAUAUACAGUUCAAGUCAGAAGCUUACAUACACCUCAGCCAAAUACAUUUAUAUUCAGUUUUUCACAAUUCCUGACAUUUAAUCUUACUAAAAAUUCCCUGUCUUAGGUCAGUUAGGAUCACCACUUUAUUUUAAGAAUGUGAAAUGUCAGAAUAAUAGUAGAGAGAAUGAUUUAUUUCAGCUUUUAUUUCUUUCAUCACAUUCCCAGUGGGUCAGAAGUUUACAUACACUCAAUUAGUAUUUGGUAGCAUUGCCUAUAAAUUGUUUAACUUGGGUCAAAGGUUUCGGGUAGCCUUCCACAAGCUUCCCACAGUAAGUUGGGGGAAUUUUGGCCUAUUCCUCCUGACAGAGCUUGUGUAACUGGCUCAGGUUUGUAGGCCUCCUUGCUCGCACACGCUUUUUCAGUUCUGCCCACAAAUUUUCUAUAGGAUUGAGAUCAGGGCUUUGUGAUGGCCACUCCAAUACCUUGACUUUGUUGUCCUUAAGCCAUUUUGCCACAACUUUGGAAGUAUGCUUGGGGUCAUUGUCCAUUUGGAAGAUCCAUUUGCGACCAAGCUUUAACUUCCUGACUGAUGUCUUGAGAUGUUGCUUCAAUAUAUCCACAUAAUUUUCCCGCUUCAUGAUGCCAUCUAUUUUGUGAAGUGCACCAGUCCCUCCUGCAGCAAAGCACCCCCACAACAUGAUGCUGCCACCCACGUGCUUCACAGUUGGGAUGGUGUUCUUCAGCUUGCAAGCCUCCCCCUUUUUUCUCCAAACAUAACUAUGGUCAUUAUGGCCAAACAGUUCUAUUUUUGUUUCAUCAGACCAGAGGACAUUUCUCCAAAAAGUACAAUCUUUGUCCCCAUGUGCAGUUGCAAACCAUAGUCUGGCUUUUUUAUGGCGGUUUUGGAGCAGUGGCUUCUUCCUUGCUGAGCGGCCUUUCAGGUUAUGUCGAUAUAGGACUUGUUUUACUGUGGAUAUAGAUACUUUUGUAACCUGUUUCCUCCAGCAUCUUCACAAGGUCCUUUGCUGUUGUUCUGGGAUUGAUUUGCACUUUUCGAACCAAAGUACGUUCAUCUCUAGGAGACAGAACGCCUCUCCUUCCUGAGCGGUAUGACAGCUGCGUGGUCCCAUGGUGUUUAUACUUGCGUACUAUUAUUUAUACAGAUGAACUUGGUACCCACAGGGGUUAGGAAAUUGCUCCCAAGGAUGAACCAGACUUGUGGAGGUCUACAUUUUUUUUUCUGAGGUCUUGGCCGAUUUCUUUUGAUUUUCUCAUGAUGUCAAGCAAAGAGGCACUGAGUUUGAAAGUAGGCCUUGAAAUACAUCCACAGGUACACCUCCAAUUGACUCAAAUGAUGUCAAUUAGCCUAUCAGAAGCUUCUAGCCAUGACAUCAUUUUCUGGAAUUUUCCAAGCUGUUGAAAGGCACAGUCAAUUUAGUGUAUGUAAACCUCUGACCCACUAGAAUUGUGAUACAGUGAAUUAUAAAGGAAAUAUUCUGUCUGUAAACAAUUGUUGGAAAAAUGACUUGUGUCAUGCACAAAGUAGAUGUUCUAACCGACUUGCCAAAACUAUAGUUUGUUAACAAGACAUUUGUGGAGAAGGUUGAAUAACGAGUUUUAAUGACUCCAACCUAAGUGUAUGUAAACUUCCGACUUCAACUAUAUAUAUACAGUGGGGAGAACAAGUAUUGGAUACACUGCCGAUUUUGCAGGUUUUCCUACUUACAAAGCAUGUAGAGGUCUGUCAUUUUUAUCAUAGGUACACUUCAACUGUGAGAGACGGAAUCAAAAAUCCAGAAAAUCACAUUGUAUGAUUUUUAAGUAAUUAAUUUGCAUUUUAUUGCAUGACAUAAGUAUUUGAUCACCUACCAACCAGUAAGAAUUCCGGCUCUCACAGACCUGUUAGUUUUUCUUUAAGAAGCCCUCCUGUUCUCCACUCAUUACCUGUAUUAACUGCACCUGUUUGAACUCGUUACCUGUAUAAAAGACACCUGUCCACACACUCAAUCAAACAGUUGUUGUUCCGUCUCUCACAGUUGAAGUGUACCUAAGAUAAAAAAUUACAGACCUCUACAUGCUUUGUAAGUAGGAAAACCUGCAAAAUCGGCAGUGUAUCAAAUACUUGUUCUCCCCACUGUAUAAUGUAAGUAAUGUGAAUAAAGGAUGGAGUGUAGAGCAUCUACAGAUGGACUCCAAGUAGGGUUACCUGGUUUAUUAAUAAGUCAUCUGUAGUAAUGGGCAGUCACUACCAUCAUUGGGGUUUUAAUAAUGAAAUAAUAUUUCACAACCAAAAUAUAAAACUUGAACCAUAACUGUAAUGGCAGUCACUACCAUCAGUUGUUUAAUCCUGUGUUGUUACAGCCUUGUACCUAUAAUAUUUGUAAUAUUUUUUACAUUUUAUUAAACUGAAAUUGAAGACCGUGAUUAGUUUUUAAAAAAGGAACCUAAACUGAACCGACCUCAAAAGGCACUAAUCUCUCAGCUCUACUGAAAAGGCUCAUAUCAUGUUGGAAAUGUAAUGCCUUGCCUUCACUCAAAAGAAAUAUCUCUAUUUAAGACAUACAGAACAUCAGUUUGCCACUAUCUUUAAUGCUUUAUUAUCAUUCUCAUUAUUCACUUCUGAUUUUUCUUGUCCUUUUGAUGACUGAUAGUUGUACAUUGCUACUAGACUGUAUGUAGUAUGUGAACACUUUUGUGUGACAUUUAGAAUAACUGGAAUAUGUAUUGCGUCAUGCUCAGUGUUUUAGGCCCACAACACUUACUUGUCUGUGACAAAUGUUUUAACUUCAAGGCCUUGAGAUGUGUUUUAAAGCCAAACUUUUAAAAGUGUCUUAACAAACAUCUUAAACCAAGUUGCAGUAUUUUUUUUAAAUAUAUAUUUUUUGCUUAGCUUCACACUAUCGAUUCCCAGGUGGACUCUCUCAAUACACAGUAAGAAGAGAUUGAGACUUAAUAUUAAUAGUUGAAUUGAAAGCUUUCUCUCACUGUUGAUUCACUGAAAUGCAUAUUGUGGAGAAUAAACUUUAGAUGUUAAUUUUGAGUAUUUUAGUAAUUUGAUAGUAUUACCUUUUUACUGGGGCCAAAACUCCUGUCCCUCUGUGUGUAAGAAAAAGUAUAGUGUGAAAUUGAAUGCAGUUUGCACGAUAAUGAAGUCUGUAGGGAGGAUUUACAAAUGAUAGUACAGGGCCUUCACAGUGGACUGUGUGUACAGUAUGUGUCUGUUUCAUGUACAGUGAUGAUGACGUGUUCCUUUUUUUAUGUUGUUACUGUCACCUUUGAAUGUAAGAACACUCACACAGGUCAAAGGUUACAGGUUGGUUAUACAGACCUGCUACUCAGAGAUGAUAGAAACCUUUCAAAGCUGUUCAUGUACAUUUCUUUGCUUCUUACCAAUGUAACUUUUAUUGGCUGCAUCUACUGGUGGGGAAUGAGUUAGGUUGUCAGUCAGAACAACUCGUGUUGUCUAGACGUGACUCAAAAUGCUGUCAAUCAUUAUUAUUAUUAUUAUUAGCAGUGUUGUCAAUCAUCUGCGACUGUUGUACCCUUCUGAUGACAUUAAGUAAUUUCUUACACCCCCUUAGGGUUAAACUUACCCUUUGGGGUGCCCAACCUGGUUGUCGUGGUUACCAGACUGUCCAUGUGGCCACAGGUAUAUCUCAAGAGUUUUCUGAGCUCUAGAUCUUUAGGAUAUCUUGGGAUACGUUUAGUCUUUUUAGAGAGAAGUAUACCAAUACCUGAACAUAUUGUUGUAUUUAUAUUAAUGUAUCUAUCACAUUUGUGUGUGUGUGUAUAUAUAUAUCCUGAUAGCCAAACUCUUCAAGCUGCCUUUUUUUUCUAAUUCAUUUAUACCUAAAUCAAGAUCAAUUUGUACGUUUGUUACAGAUGGUCAUGUUAUAAUCUGGAAGGGCAGGAGCGUGUCCGUGUUUAUACUGGAAGAAGAAAUCGACAUUUAGCAGUUUGCUUUAGUGGCUUCGAGUCUAUUCUGAAGUUCUACUGUGUAUAUACAUAAUUUAUGCAUAAUUCCACUUGGCAACAUGGACAAUAAAGGCUAAAUAAGGA